CAGUGCUUGCAAUUGCAUAGCACCACUACUGGCACGUGUGAUAAGGGUGUAGUACGUACCUACAUACGGCGAGCAAGUCCCUACACGCUAGUGGCGUUGAACCGGCCGUCGGUCGAGAUGGCAUCACCCAUCGGCGUCUGUGACCGGCGGGAGGCAAGGUUGUGCGCAGUGACCGGCGGGCGGGGGUUCAUGGCGAGGCACUUGGUGGCGGCGCUGCUCUGCUCCGGCGAGUGGCGGGUGCGGAUCAUCGACCUCGCCCCUGCGGCCACUCUUGAACCUGCCGAGGAGGAGGGGAUCCUCGGCGCUGCCCUCCGGGACGGCCUUGCUGUGUACACCUCCGCCGACGUCUGCGACCUAGCCCAGCUUACCCAAGCUUUCGAAGGGGUAGAAACUGUUUUCCAUACGGCUGCGCCUGAUCCUAGCAAGAACGACUUCCAGCUUCACUACAAGGUCAGCGUCGAGGGGACGAAGAAUGUCAUCGAAGCUUGUACCACAUGCAAGGUUAAAAGGCUCAUAUACACUAGUUCGAGCUGUGUUGUAUUCGAUGGAGUGCACGGCCUCUUUGACGUGGAUGAAUCAACGCCAUAUCCAGAUAAGUUUCCCGACGCAUACUUACAUACUAAGGCAGAAGCUGAGAAGCUAGUGAUGAGGGCCAACACAAACGGUGGCCUUCUCACUUGUUGUAUACGUCCCAGUUCCAUUUUUGGUCCUGGGGGUAUAUUGGUGCCAUAUUUAGCUGCUUAUGCAGCAACGAUGUUCAUUAUUGGUGAUGGCAAGAAUGAUGAUGAUUUUGUGUAUGUUGAGAACGUUGUGCACGGUCACAUUUGUGCUGAGAGAAAUCUCUCUACAAAAGAGGGUGCAAGGAGAAUUGGAGGCAAAGCUUACUUUAUAACGAAUACAGAGCCAAUGAAUUUAUGGGACUUUAAAUAUAUGGUUUUGGAAGAACUUGGAUACAAAAGUGGGCCCAAAAUAAGAAUACCUUCCUAUCUUCUGGUGCCAAUAGCAUAUGUGCUAGACUGGGGCUACAGUAAACUAUUCUCUCACUACGGAAUGUGUCAACCUCGUAUGCUAACACUCACAAAUAUUAAGUAUCUUACGUUGAAUCGAACAUUUAGUUGCAACAAAGCUACUCAGGAACUUGGUUACAAACCAAUCAUCUCUCUCCAGGAGGGUGUCAAGGCAACUAUUGAACACUAUCAUGACUUAAGAGCAUGAGACAUGCACAUUGAUCUAAAAAAUAUAAAGGUACCCAAAAUAAACUUUGUAUGACAUGAAGUGCAAGGUGAUCAAACCAGAGUUCUAUUUUUGGCGAUGGAUCCAUGAAACUUUGACUACAUGCAAUGAUGACGCCUUAUAUGUUCCAGUGGGCACUUACACUAUCGAUGGCAGUUUGGAUGUGUGGCUUCCUUAAGUAUUUUUCAUUGCCUUGUGAUUCCACUAAGACAAAUAUAGAUGUUUCUUUCUAUGAGUACUUAUUUGGAUGAUAUGUGUAAUAUGUUAUUUAAUACAUUUGAUUGGUGAGAUAGCUGCAAAUAAA